CUCAACUCAACUGGAUUGUAAAGAACCAAACUUCUCCAAAUAAAGCUGUAUUACCAGCAGAUACCAUGAACAAUGUUCAAUUUCUCAAGUUUUGUGCAGAAGGCUCAAUCAUUUAUUGACCCAACUCAGGCUCUCAAUAUCUCUGCUUCUGAUCGAAACCCUGCCAAAUCUACCCUUUUCCGCAAUCAAUUCAGAUUACCAGAUUCCCAAACCCCUCUACAAGAAAUCACCGCCGAACUUACAAUAGCCCCACCGAACCAGUACUCACCAAAUGCCACGCAAGGAGAAAAGGAUAAGGAUAGGGAUAGAGGCUUUCAUUAUGCAGGAAAGUUGCACUUGAGUGAAGCAUACCUCUGUUUCUCGACACAACCUACAAGUUUCCUUCAAACAGCAAGUACGGGUAUAUCUUCGGGAUUCAAUGGGCAAACCCAUGGUGCUGGACCUGGAGGAAAUGGAUUUACUUUGCCUUUAUGUGCCAUAAGGCGAGUAGAACGGCUUCACAGUCAAUCCUACCAGGUAUGCAUCCCUUGUUCUCAUGCGGUCUACUUGCUGACAUCGACCGAAGUUCGCCCUAGCUAUUACUACCUGGAAUGGAAUUGCAAAUACACCAGGAAAAGAUGGCUCGAAACAACCCUCAUAUCAACAAAAAAUUACAGUAAAUCUUGCCGGAACGCGCCAAACUUGCGAAAGGUUUUGCGAUGGUUUAAAAAAAGGACUGAAAUCAGGAGUGGGUGACGUUGCGAAGAUGAAACGUGUUGUCGCAGAGUGUUAUUCUGAAUAUCUUCUACAAGGCGACAAUAGAACGGGUGAAAUUCCGGAUGCGGGACUUGGGAUGUUGUUCAGGUAUCCUGGUGACGUUCGGAAAUUACGGGACAAAAGCAAAAUGAGACUAUGGGGGGAGUAUCUUCGAGAGAAUGGGCGAAAUGUUACAUUGAUACGCCAACCUACGUUUCAUAAGUUGAUUCGAGUUGGUUUACCGAAUCGACUACGAGGAGAAAUAUGGGAACAAACAUCCGGAUCGUUAUUUUUGCGCUUGGAAAAUCCGACGCUAUAUACAGACACCUUAGCGAAAUUUGAAGGACGAGAGUCCCUUGCGAUUGAUGAAAUAGAGAAGGAUCUCAAUCGAAGUUUACCUGAAUACCCUGGAUUUCAGAGCGUGGAAGGUAUCGACCGAUUGCGGCGAGUCCUCACAGCAUAUAGUUGGACCAACGAAGAAGUCGGAUAUUGCCAGGCCAUGAAUAUCGUUGUGGCAGCACUAUUGAUCUAUAUGUCUGAAUCGCAAGCUUACUUCCUUUUAUCUGCGCUUUGCGACAGAUUACUACCGGGAUAUUACUCACAAACCAUGUACGGCACUCUACUCGACCAGCGCGUGUUUGAGUCUUUAGUAGAGAAAACUAUGCCAAUAUUAUGGGAUCAUUUGGUUAAAUCGGACGUCCAGCUAUCAGUCGUUUCUCUUCCUUGGUUUUUGUCUCUGUAUAUUAAUUCUAUGCCUCUCGUAUUUGCAUUUCGUGUUUUAGAUGUUUUCUUUUUAGAAGGUCCAAAGGUUCUAUUUCAGGUUGGGCUCGCCAUUCUACGCAUAAACGGAGAAGAUCUUUUAGACGCUACUGAUGAUGGUGCUUUCAUUUCUGUGCUGAAAGGUUAUUUCUCGAAACUCGAUGAAUCUGCGCAUCCAAAAUCCGAGAACGCCAAAUUACGAGCUGUCACGAGAUUCCAGGAGUUGAUGGUUGUUGCUUUCAAGGAAUUUUCGGGAAUCACACAAAAUACCAUUUCGGAGCAACGCAUGAAUCAUAAAGAUGCUGUCUUGAAUAGUAUUGAAAGUUUUGCAAAACGAACUUCGAUACGAAACUUAGGCCCAGACAGCAAGAAAUUGAGUGUUGAGGAAUUAGGUGCUUUGUAUGACAGGUUUUAUGGUGUAUUAUAUGAGAGACAGCAAAGAAAUCAGAUGAUACAAGAAGAAAAAGAAAGGAGAGCAAAAGCCAACAGAGCUAGCGUUAUUUCUGGUUUAGGAGAGAAUCAAAAUAUUGAAAAGGGUAGGGUAGGACUCGGCCCAAGUCCUACUUUGAUGGAUUAUGAUUGCUUCCGAGAAUUCCUUGCUGGAAUAACUAGAUGGGCUGUAUCAGAUUCGCCAUCACCACAAGAAAAGGAACUCGAGAAGGAAAAGCAUUCCUACUUUGGCAAUUCUUUCCGUCGUAAAGAUAUUUCACUUUCUCCUUGGGGCUUUGGUAAUCCCGAACCAGCCGAUCACGAAUUCAUGCAACGAUUGUUCCGGAGAUGGGAUGUGGAUAUGAAUUCCGCAUUGACACUGCAAAAUGUUGUAACGGGAUUGGCUCACAUCAAGGGCAAGGGUGACAUUAUGGGAAGCAUUACUUACUUCUUUGAGUUGUAUGAUGAUGAUGGAGAUGGAAAGGUUGAUAGGGAGGGUAUUCUACGAAUAUCUGAAGCUUUACUAUUUCUCUCCCGAAGAGGUUUAGAUGGAUCUUUAACACCUUCGCCAUCUAUGGUUGGUUUGAGUGAAUAUGAGGCUGGUAACCCUGCACAGUUCAAUAGUCCACAUACAACAACACAAGAAAGAUUUUUGAAUAGCGUGAGUGCAUUCAUCAGACGUUGUUUUGAGUAUGCUGAUCCGGAUCAUCCACAAAAUGUUGAGGAUGAAGAGGAAGAUGCUGAAAUUGAGGAAGAAAGCGAAGAAAAAGCAGAAGAUGCCUCAUAUGGUACAAAUGGCCUCGUUGAUCCCAACUCAUUUGCUGUUGGUGAUUCGGAUGAUUCGGAUGAAGAAGAGGAAGAAGAUCUUUUAGAUCUCGGUACCGAUUCCAAGAAAACCAAAAAGGAAAUUGGUCUUCCAAUUAUUCCUCCACCAUCUAAUAACCCUAAUAAUAUUUCCACGCCUUCUCGAAGUGUUUCUAAGGCACAAUCAGAACGAGCUAAUGCUGCUCUGGAUCCAUCCAAACCACUUCACAUAACUCUUCCCACUUUCCGUAUGGUUGUUCUGGCCGACGAACUCCUAGAACAAUUCUUCGAAUCGUCAUUCCCAGCUUCCUUCCGAAUCUUAGAUAAGAUGGCCUCAACUUCAAAUGCCACAAAUUCCUCCUCUUCCCUAACCACAUUUACAAGUAUUGGAUUUGGUAAAUCAGCAGCAAAUGCUGCGGCAAAUGUUGUUAGUGGUCCUAGUUCUGCUGGUGUGGUGCCACCUUCAAAAGGACUUAGGGGUGUAUUAGAUAAUAUUGUUACUGAUGGAAUGAGAGUUGCUGCAGAGGUUAGGAGGAGAAUGGAUGAAGCUCAGAAGGAAUUGGAAAGGAAUGCAGUUCAUAGACCUGGUAUACAAGAUGAGGAUGAAGAGGAAGAAGAUGAUGGAUUAAGAGUUUCAGGUGGUUAUGGUGGAGAUGCUGAGAGGCGGAGUGUUAGGAGUGAAGAUAGAGAUUUAUUGGAAGGAUUGGAUGCAGAGGCUGGUAGUAUUAAGAGUGGUGUUGAAAAAGUUGAAGCGACUGGGAUACAAAAUAAGAAUGGAGGUUUGAUGCCUAGUAUUUCAGGAGAUUCAAGGAGGGAUAGAAGUUCUAGUUCGGCUACGCAGAAAGUGUUAGAGUUUGAACGGUAGGGCGAGGUGAUAUGAUAUCUGUGCUAUGGUAGCGGAGUGUGUUUCCGACAGUCACGAGGUCUUUUGUAGCUCUAUAUGAAGAUCGAUCAGAUCUUGAUGGACGGAAUGGGAGUAUUAAAUGGCAAAACGAGUUAGAGAAAAAAGAAGUUGAUAUGCAUUUUCGAGGCGAGCGAGCGAAUGUUUUUGUUUUUGUUUUUGAUUGCUAGGGAAAGCAAUAGGCGAUGAACGAAUGGAUUUGAUAGGUGGCUGGCUACUGGAGGCGUUUAUCUUUUUCGUCUGUUUGGGUUUGGUUUUCAUUCUUUGUAGUUUAUUUUUUUGGGGACUGUUUGAGUUAUUGAGUUGUUGUUGAGUGAUGCGGGUAUUGAUAAGUAGUAGGUAGUAGUUUUAUUGAAUUCAAGUGGUUGUGUCUGAUUCAAUUUUAUUUCAUUCAAUUUGAUUUGAUUAAUUCACCUAGUGGUUAUUUAGUCAUCUUGUGUUGAGGAAAUGGGAAAUAAUUGUUGUUUUGGUGAUUUGAUUUGAUAAAGAAAGAGAUAAGGAUAAUGGAGUGAAA